GAGCAGCCAGGAUAUCUUUUAAUGCAGUUGUUUUUUAAUGAAUUUAAUAGCUACAGUACGGGCCAGAUGGUGAAUUGUGAAUUCUUCUAACUAAUCCCUUUGGGUAAAUCUGCAUAGCCACCAUGUUCCGGGAUUUGACAAGAAACAACAACCGUGGGUGGUUAAGAAAGGACAGUUUGAUUCCCUGGUAGUAUCACUGCACAUAUCAUGCUAAUCAACUGGAACUAGGAUUUAUCUGUCGGUAAUCUGUAAUUGAUAAAUCGGUGGUUUAAAACAGGAACAACAUUAUUGAGGUACAUAAUUUCUCUUUUACUUCUGGUUUUAAAUUCUACAUGGGUGUGGUCUUACGUUGCAUACCUCUGACAGCAUGUACAACUAUUACAUUAAUACAAGAUGGGCAUAAUUCUCCCUUUGUCUUUGUUUUGCACCUGUCUUUCUUGGGAUGUACCGGUGGACCUGGCUGUCAUCUGGGAUCAUGUUCAUCUUCUGCUGUGUGACUGGGGACCAUGACGACAGAGGUGGGAUCUGAGACGGAGGUGAGGAAAGAACCGGAGAAGGCAGAGGAGCAGCCUGCAGCACCUGAAUCAGAACCAGCAGCCACCAACCAGACAGACGAGUCCAAGGCCGCAGAGCAGUCCGCCAACGACCACCCCGCUCCGGCCACCGACUCAGCCGAGGCCCCCACAGAGGCCAAGGAGAAGCAGGAGGAGGCCCAGCCCGCCGACAACGCCACACCACAGGAGGGCGAGGACACCCCAGCCUCACCACCAACCUCAGAGAAGAAAGGCAUCUCCAGGUUCCUCCCUCCAUGGCUUAAGAAGCAGAAGUCUCAGAGCCAGGUGGGACCCAAAGAGAGCCAGGCUGCACCCAAGGAGGAGGCAGGCGUUGCCUCCGUGAAGGAGGAGGACGGUGAGAAGGGGGAGCAGGCCGAGGCAGAGCAGACGUCAUUGGCCACAGCAGCCGAACCACAGGUGGAAGAAGAGAAAAUAAACGGAGAGCCGAAACCAGAACAGAAAGAGGAAGUGAAAUCGGAGGAAAAAGAGGAGGAGAAUCAUUCCACUGGCAGUGCAGACUCUCAGCCUGCUAAGGAGGAGAAAGCAGCAGAGGAAUCUCAGGAGAAGAGCGCAGCAGAAGAGGAGAACAAGGAGGCAGAGGAAGGAGGAGAGGAGAAGAAAGACGAGGAAGAGAGCCCGAAGCCUGAGGGUGGACAUUCUUUUAUCAAGUCACCGCUGAAACUGACCAAGAAGGUGAAGAUGGUGAUGUGUCACGUGACCAUGCUUGAUGGAAGCCAGUUCCCCUGCGAGGUGGAGAAACGGGCCAAAGGCCAGUACCUGUUCUUUAAAGUGUAUGAAGCCCUGAACCUACUGGAGAAGGACUACUUUGGGUUGAGUUACAAAGACAACUCUGACCAGACGUGCUGGCUGGACCCUACAAAGGAGAUCAAACGUCAGAUCCGCAAUGCCACCUGGCAGUUUGCGUUCAAUGUCAAGUUCUACCCUCCGGAUCCAUCCCAGCUGACCGAGGAUAUUACCAGAUAUCUCCUGUGCCUUCAGCUCCGGCAGGACAUAGUGUCGGGGCGUCUGCCCUGCUCCUUCGUCACCCACUCCCUGCUGGGUUCCUACGCCCUGCAGGCCGAGCUGGGAGACCAUGACUCCGGCGAGCACCGCCUCGACUACAUCAGCGACUUCCAGUUCGCCCCCUCACAGACCAAGGAGAUGGAGGAGAAGGUGGUGGAGCUCCACAAAACUCACAGGGGGAUGACUCCUGCUCAAGCAGAUGCCCAGUUCUUAGAAAACGCUAAGAAGUUGUCGAUGUACGGUGUGGAUCUCCACCACGCCAAGGACUCUGAGGGAGUGGACAUCAUGCUGGGAGUGUGUGCCAACGGCCUGCUGAUCUACAAAGACCGACUCCGGAUAAACCGCUUUGCCUGGCCCAAAAUCCUCAAGAUUUCAUACAAACGCAGCAACUUCUAUAUCAAAAUCAGGCCGGGAGAGACAGAGCAGUUUGAGAGCUCUGUGGGCUUCAAGCUGCCCAACCACCGUGCUGCCAAGAGGGUCUGGAAGGUCUGCGUGGAGAAUCACACCUUCUUCAGGUUGAUGACUCCAGAAGCGCCCACUAAAGCCAAGUUUCUCACGCUGGGCUCCAAGUUCAGAUACAGUGGGCGGACCCAGGCCCAGACACGACAGGCCAGCACCCUCAUCGACAGGCCGGCACCCUACUUCGAGCGAACCUCCAGCAAGCGUAUCUCACGAAGCCUGGAUGGAGCUCCAGUGAUUAACGUGACUGAGGCCCGGGAGUCAGCCCCCACCUCUGGGGAGAACGGCAGGGAGCCUGGCCUGGAACUCUCCUCUGAUUCCAAGGUAGAGGAGGAGCCUAGCGAAGGGGCAGCGGCCACACCUACUGAGGGCACUGAGAUGAAAGGAGAUGAGCCAGACUCCUCCCAACAGGACCUGGAUAAGACUCAGGAGGAUGUUUUGAAACAUCAGGCUAGCAUUAGCGAGUUAAAGCGCAGUUUUAUGGAGGCCACCCCUGAGCCGCGUCCCAGUCAGUGGGAAAAGCGCCUCACAGCCAGCCCGGCUACCAGCCUGCGUCUGCAGGCCCAAGGGAGCUUGGAAGAGGAAAUGACCUCCAUUUUAUUCAGUAAAUUUGCCUGCGAGUCUGGUCUGGUUGAUCCCGGCUGCACUACCACUAGGCGAGCAGCAGAGGGUGCUGUAGUCACUGCAUCUGUCCCUCUGGCCUCAGCUCUACUCACUACCGAGGUGCUCAGUACAGAUGAAUCAAAACCAAGAAAACAUCAGAGAUGCCCCCCAUCCAGAACCCAGGAGCCUCUCCCUGACCUCACGGUGGACACGGUCGCCAAGAGCGCAGAUGAUAAACAGAAAUCCGGCGAGGCGGCAUGGCAGGCAGCAGAGGUUGAGAUAGAAGAGACGGUAGUCGUCGAGGAGAUCAGGGUGGCCCCCAAAGGCUCCGUCACCGUCACCACCCCUGAGGUGAUCACCCCCGUCGCCGUGGAGACUGAGGUCGAGAAGCCCAAGGAGGAAGUUAAGGAGGAGCAGAAGAGGCCUGUGAGCGUGUCCUCGGACAGUGAGGAGGAGGAGGAGGAGGAGGAGGCGGGGGAGUACCAUCCGCAAGUCACCGUCAGCGCCUCAGUGGACCAGAUCAAAGAAGAGCCCGAGGAAGAAGAAGAGGAGGAACAGCAAGUCAAUGAAGAGCCAGUUGCAGAACCACUCCCAAAGCCAGUGGUCGAGGUAAAGGCCCAGCCUGUCCCUGCAGUAGUGGAAGAAACCUCGGCGACAGAACCACAACUAGCCCCUGUGGCGGAGGAGAGCCCCGAGGACAUCCUGGUUACCCCUGACGAGGCCCCUAACGGGCACGCCGAGUCCCCUGAGGGCCAUCCCGGCCCCGUUCCCCUGGAAGAGGAGGAGGAGGAGGAGGAGGAGCCCAGAGUCAACGGGGACGCGUCUCACUCCGAGACAGAGCGCCUCCCCCAGGUUAUGUGUUGCUCUGAGCCACCCGUGGUGAAGACCGAGAUGGUGACCAUCUCAGACACGUUUGCGGCCCAGAAGACCGAGAUUGCCACUAAGGAGGUUCCCAUCGUGCACACCGAGACAAAGACCAUCACGUACGAGGCUGCACAGCUGGACGGCAGCGGAGACGGCGAACCAGGCGUUCUCAUGACGGCCCAAACCAUUACCUCGGAGUCACUGUGCACCACCACCACCACACACAUCACCAAGACAUUAAAAGGCGGUCUCUCAGAAACCAGGAUCGAGAAGCGCAUUGUCAUCACCGGAGACUCGGACAUCGACCACGAUCAGGCCUUGGCCCAGGCUAUAAAGGAAGCCAAAGAGCAGCACCCUGACAUGUCAGUGACUCGGGUGGUGGUCCACAAAGAGACAGAGCUGGCAGAGGAGGGCGAGGACUGAGGCGCCAGAGCUGAGAGCCUGUGAAGUUCAUACUUGGAUGUUUGAGAAGCUCCUGUCAUCUCCCAAACCGAGAGUCAACCUGGUGGGAAGACUGUCGGACAACCCCGAGGCUGAACUCCUGUGUUUCAUUGCACAUGUUCCUUUUUUAUCACUCAGAAGAAAACCACUUAGCUAACAUUUGUAGCGUGUUUAAAUUGUUUUGUGCUUUUGCAAAAAUAAGAAAAAAUUCUGCCAUUAUUAGAACCAGACAGGAUUUAUCAAGUUGUCAUUUUUAUUGUUGAGUAGUAUUCACAUUCCUAGUAUGUACAGACGGGUAAUGUUAUGAGAAAGUCAUUUCAAUAUCUAUCUUCCUGUAUUCAUGCAGUUGCAGGUGGACAGGUAUUAAGACUAAGUGGGUAUAUUAGCUUUGGGCCUGGUCUUGUUCCAUGUUGUCUUAGAGUAAAAUGUUUAUCCGUUUUUGGGAAAAAGGAAGAACAGCAAAUUUGUAUUUAAUUGGGUGAGUUUCCAGGGGACUAGCAAAGGACGAAGCACUGUGUCAUUUUGUACAUUGCACUACAGUGCCAACACAUGUUCUUCUCUAUGCAUUCAUAACAAAAACAUUCCAUUAAAGGGCAGGUGCUUUUCCUCUAUCUCCCUCAGAAAAACCACAACAAAAUUUAAAUUAAAAAAAUCAUGAAACACUUAGGCAGCUUGGAAACUUGCUUUUCCAUAACUUUCUGGCAUCAUUAAUCAGAAAUAUAUUUGUAGAAACAUAUAUUUUUUGCUAUCUUUUAAACUUUUUUUGUCCAUCAGUAAACUGAUUUAGAUGUUGAGGUGUUUUUUUUUUUUGCCCCUUCUUAAAUAUUUUUAAUAUAUUUCAGAGGUUUUUUGACAACUAAAAGAAAUACACAAAAUUGCCACUAUUUUUAUCUUUUACCUGUAGAUAAAGAAGAUGGCUGCCCUUAGCUCUCUCUGCAAUCUGACCAACCUCACUAAACCCAAUGACGGUGUCAAUUUGCUAUUUGGGCCCAGUGUAUAGCAAAUAAUCUUUAGAUUUUUAGCAGCUUUAAAAUGUUGUCUCCCCCUUCUCCCCCACAGCCACCCCACCCUCUGUGUAACACUGUUGAAAUAAAAUGUUGUUAUUCUCUGA